AUGGCUCACCAUUCGUACACGGGCAACUCGCCUCAGUUUGCACAGUCUUCACUACCACUACUUCCUGCACAUCUUCAAUCCGACACUCAGCUUACGGCACAUCUUGCGAGUCGAUUCCAUGCCCACUUACCGACAUCUCAGCUUUCCUCUCAGGCUAUUAUAGCUCUUAAUACAUACUCCGGAUCGGCAAAAGGAAUCGAUGGCACCAAAGAUGGCAGUGCCAUGGCAGCUGCGGAGGACCUCGCUGCACGCGCCUUCAAGCGACUAGGACAUCGUAGUGAAAGCCAGGCUAUAGUAUUCCUCGGAGAAUCUGGCUCGGGCAAAACAACGAUCCGAUCUCACUUGUUAACAGCACUGCUAUCCUACUCGGCCACGCCUCUGUCCCAAAAGCUUUCAUACGCAGCCUUUGUCUUUGACUCAUUGACUACAACAAAAUCACUUACCACGCCCACAGCGUCGAAAUCCGGUCUACUGUUCGAACUCCAGUACGAUACGACCACAUCAAUGCAUCCUACACUGAUUGGAGGGAAGGUUCUAGAUCAUCGCCUAGAAAGAAGUCGAAUCACUGCUGUACCCACAGGGGAACGCAACUUUCACAUCCUAUACUACCUCUUGGCUGGGACAAGUGCAGCCGAAAAAGCACACCUCGGUCUCGAUGGCACGUUACAAUCUAAUGAACCUGGGUCACGUUUGUCCAAUGGUGCCGGAAAACGGUGGAGAUACUUAGGACAUCCAACACAGCUCAGAGUUGGCGUGAACGAUACCGAAGGAUUUCAACAUUUCAAAACAGCUCUGCGAAAACUUGAAUUUCCUCGCAGUGAAAUCGCUGAAAUUUGCCAAAUUCUGGCCAGCAUUCUUCACAUUGGACAAUUAGAGUUUCACAGUAGCCAAUCUACUACGCCUAAUGCCGACGACAGCGGCGGCUAUUCUCAUGAAGGAGGUGAAGAAGUUACCAUGGUCAAGAAUAAGGAGACUCUCAAGACGGUGGCAGCAUUCCUUGGUGUAAGUGCUCAAGAUCUCGAGCGUAGUUUCGGGCACAAAACGAAAACCCUCCACAAAGAGCGCGUGACAGUCAUGCUUGAUCCGAAAGGUGCUCGAGCAAAUGCCGACGAAUUCGCUCGAACACUUUACUCCCUUCUUGUGGCAUACGUAAUCGAACAGACGAACGAGAAGAUAUGCGCGCUUGAGGAAUCUGUAGCCAACACUGUCUCAAUAGUUGACUUUCCAGGUUUCUCUCAAGUCUCCUCGACCGGAUCCACACUCGACCAGCUUCUGAAUAAUGUUGCUACAGAGUCUCACUACAAUUUCUGUCUGCAAAGUUUCUUCGAACGUAAUAGCGAUAUGCUUGAAAGCGAGGACAUUUCAGUGCCUGCUACGAGCUACUUCGACAACACGGAUGCGGUGAAGGGUCUCAUGAAACACGGCAAUGGUCUUCUCAGCAUCUUAGACGACCAGAUGCGUAGGGGCAAAACGGACGCGGAAUUUUUAGAAAGCGUUAAGAAGCGUUUCAACGGCAAAAAUCCUGCAAUAACUGGGGGUGACAUCAUGGCUACAAUGCCUGGAAGUAAUUUCGCAACGCACAACGCCUCGGCUUCUUUCACCGUCAAGCACUUCUCCGGCGAAGUUGACUACCCUGUCGACGGUCUCCUUGAGGAGAAUGCUGAGGUCAUCUCCGGAGACUUGCUCAAUCUUAUAAACUCCACUCGUAUUCCAUUCAUUGGAGAGCUUUUCGGCCAGGCUGCGCUCAAUACGGUCGUCCACCCGAAGGAAAAGUCAUCGGUGAUGCAGGCUUCAGUCAGCUCUAAACCAACACGAAUGCCCAGCAUGGCCAGACGUAAAAUUGACAAGCUGUCGAAGCUCGGUAAUCGCAAAGUUAGCGGUGGCGAAUCGGACGGCGGUAGCGACCUCGAUGCUCGAAGCAUAUCAAAGAACGGUCGUACAAAAGAUGUAUCUGCUGGGAAGCAACAAGGUGCUGCUGCUCAGUUCUUGUCUUCCCUAGACGUUAUUACAAAGUCUUUGUCUCGGCCCAGCGUCAAUCCUUAUUUUGUCUUCUGUCUGAAGCCCAAUGACCGUCGGAUUGCAAAUCAGUUUGACAGCAAAUGCGUGCGUAUGCAGAUGCAGACCUUUGGGAUUGCCGAGAUCAGUCAACGUCUACGAAAUGCAGACUACAGCGUCUUUGUACCAUUUGCUGAAUUCCUUGGACUUUGCGAAAGCGACGCUAUGCUUGUAGGCAGCGAGAAGGAGCAGGUGGAGAUGAUUCUCGAUGACAAACGGUGGGCGGCGAACGAAGCCAAAGCUGGCACGACCGGCGUUUUCCUAAGCGAGAAAUGCUGGCUUGAAAUUGCUAAUGUCCCAGCAUUUGGGACUACUAGCACUCGUCACGCCGGUGCAGAUAUUGAAGAGGAUCAGUCUGGCUUUCUUACUCCUGGUGACGGCGCGCGCUCUGGAUAUAGUGAUUCACACGUUAGGCUCGUUGGAAAUUCUCAGUCUGGAGGUCCAUACACGGAUGACAAAGCUGGUGGCUACUUCGGUAGCAGAGACAUUGAUGUCAAGUCCGAAGCUGGUAUAUCUGCUGUGCAUAGCGGAGAUAUGUUCAAGAAUCUCGAGACUCGCGAGCAAAUGGCCGAAAAAGGAGCAGAGACCAAGAAGAUGGAAGAGAUUGAUGUUGCACACGUCAGUGGCAGCCGCAAACGCUGGUUGUUUGUCGUCUACAUGUUGACCUUCUUCAUCCCCGAUUUUCUGAUCAAAUGGAUUGGACGCAUGCCGCGCAAGGACAUCCGCAUUGCUUGGCGCGAGAAACUCACAAUCAACAUUCUCAUAUGGAUCAGCUGCGCAGCGGUCAUGUUUCUCAUGAUUGGAUUUCCUAUGCUGAUUUGCCCAACCCAACACGUCUUCUCUACUGCCGAACUGACGUCGAAGGAUGGCAAGGAUGGUCAUGAUGCUUAUGUAUCAAUUCGAGGUGUUGUCUACGAUCUCGGCGACUUCAUACCUGUCCACUAUCCAUCCAUCGUUCCUGAUUCGGCGCUCGAGAAAUACGCUGGCAAAGAUGCAACCAACAUUUUCCCCGUUCAAGUUAGCGCUCUUUGCGACGGAAAAGAUGGCUCGAUUGAUGAAGCUGUCCAGCUCAGCUAUCAAAAUUACAACUACACCGGAACAAAUUCUGCAACUAGCUCAGACGAUACCAACGCUAAGUAUCACGAUUUCCGAUACCAGACGAACGAUACCAGGAAGGACUGGUGGUGGGAACAACAAGUCUAUCUCAAGGCUAAUUACUACAAAGGACGCAUUGGUUUUAGCCCAGAAUACUUGAGGACUCUCGCAGAUAGUGGGAACUCUAUCGCGUAUAUCAACGAACGUAUCUACGAUUUCACAGCAUAUAUUCCUGGUGGCCGUGCUCCGAAGUAUCCUGUAGGCACCGAGCCUUCCAAUCCACCACCAGAUUCUGAUUUCAUGGACCAGCAAGUCGUCAACUUGUUUCAACAACGAUCUGGAAUGGAUGUCACAAAGUAUUGGGACAACCUGAACAUCGAUGCGGCCCUAAAGAAUCGCAUGAAAGUUUGUCUGGAUAAUCUGUUCUACGUCGGUCAGCUCGAUACCAGAAACUCGACACAGUGUAAAUUUGCGACUUACCUACUUUUGGCCAUCUCUUUAUUGCUGGUCACCGUCAUAGGUUUCAAAUUCCUGGCUGCUCUGCAGUUCUCGAGGAAGAACGUUCCUGAGAACCUCGAUAAAUUCGUCAUCUGCACUAUCCCAGCAUAUACCGAGGACGAGGACUCUCUACGUCGCGCUAUCGACUCCGCCGCCCGUAUGAAGUACGAUGAUAAACGUAAACUUCUGGUCGUUAUCUGUGACGGUAUGAUUAUUGGACAGGGAAACGACCGACCCACGCCCCGGAUCGUACUAGAUAUCCUUGGCGUUUCCGAAUCUGUCGAUCCAGAGCCUUUGAGCUUCGAAAGUUUGGGCGAAGGCAUGAAGCAGCAUAACAUGGGCAAGGUCUACUCUGGUCUUUAUGAGGUUCAAGGACAUAUCGUCCCAUUUCUCGUCAUCGUCAAGAUUGGAAAGCCGUCAGAAGUCUCUCGCCCCGGUAACCGUGGCAAACGUGACUCACAGAUGGUUUUGAUGCGUUUCUUGAAUCGUGUUCACUACAACCUCGCGAUGUCACCUCUCGAGCUGGAAAUGCAUCAUCAGAUCCGGAAUAUUAUUGGCGUAAAUCCGACCUUUUACGAAUUUCUGCUCCAGAUAGAUGCAGACACUGUCGUUGCUGCGGACUCGGCUACUCGAUUUGUUGCCAACUUUUUACACGACACUCGCUUGAUAGGCGUUUGCGGUGAGACCGAGUUGACCAAUGCCAAGUCUUCCAUGGUCACUAUGAUUCAGGUUUACGAAUACUUCAUUUCCCACAAUCUGACGAAAGCAUUUGAGAGUUUGUUCGGUUCAGUCACCUGUCUACCAGGUUGCUUCACCAUGUAUCGCAUCCGUGCGGCCGAAACAGGCAAGCCUCUCUUCGUCAGCAAAGAAGUCGUUGACGCCUAUGCUGAGAUUCGUGUGGAUACUUUGCAUAUGAAAAAUCUGUUGCACUUGGGCGAGGAUCGGUAUCUCACGACCUUACUCCUCAAAUUUCAUCCAAAAUAUAAAACCAAGUACAACAGCCGCGCCCACGCUUGGACCAUUGCACCGGACAGCUGGAAGGUAUUCAUGUCUCAACGUCGUCGUUGGAUCAACUCUACCGUUCACAAUCUAAUGGAACUCAUUCCCAUGCAACAGCUGUGUGGUUUCUGUUGUUUCUCUAUGCGGUUCAUCGUCUUCCUGGAUCUGGUCUCGACAAUCAUUCAGCCUGUUAUUGUUGCCUACCUUGUCUAUCUAAUCGUCCUAGUAGCAAGAGGUGGUACAUCGGUAGUUCCCAUCACAUCCCUGCUUCUCUUAGGUGCGAUCUAUGGUUUGCAAGCAGUCAUCUUUAUUUUGCGCAGGAAGUGGGAAAUGAUUGGAUGGAUGAUCAUCUACAUCCUAGCCACCCCGGUCUUCGCGUGUGCGCUUCCUCUAUACUCAUUCUGGCAUAUGGACGACUUCUCCUGGGGCAACACUCGUAUCGUCACCGGAGAGAAGGGUCAGAAGAUCGUUGUGUCAGACGAAGGCAAGUUCGACCCUGCGAGUAUUCCACAUAAGAAAUGGGAAGAAUACCAGGCCGAGCUCUGGGACGCGCAAACGUCCCGUGACGACCGCUCCGAGAUCUCAGGUGUGUCGUACGGCACUAAGCAUUACGCCGCCUCUGAGCACGGUGGCUUCUAUUCGCCGAAUAGACCAAUGUCCACAAUGGAUAUGCCACCAAUGCCACGUCAAGUCAGCCGACUCAGCCUCGCCCCUAGUGGCUUUGGUGGCUACCAGGAGUCAAACAUGGAUCUAUCUGAACUAGCGGGUAAUCUACCUAGCGAUGAUGCCAUCCUCGCUGAAAUUCGAGAUAUUCUGCGGACAGCUGAUCUGAUGAACGUCACUAAGAAGAGCAUCAAGCAAGAGUUGGAGAGAAGAUUUGGUGUCGACAUGAAUGCUAAGCGCGCAUACAUUGGUAGCGCGACCGAAGCAGUGCUAUCUGGCCAGCUAUGA